GAAUAUGUGCAGUUCGGUUGUAGAUUAGUUUAUUGUGUGAUUUCACAUGUUUGUCGUGAAAAACGCGAAUCGCAACUUGUUAUUUAUUCAACAGGAUUGAACUGUAUUCAACCGGGCAGCCCCGUGUGUUAAAACCAGCGCAGCUAACGUGGAGGUUGUCUUGUGUUGGUUUUCUCACGGAUGUGUUUGGACCUGUGCGGUGAACACCUGCUUCUAUCUCCCAUUGUUGUUGUUUAGUAUUUUGCAGUGUAUUUACCGGGCACACACGUGUCUCCUCUGGUGCUGUCGUUAGGAAAACAUCUCUGUCUGACCUCGCCUCGCCUCUGACCUUUCAGCAGGGAGCUAACGUUAGCUUAGCGUCAACCUGUUAGCCUAGCAAACCGUGUCCCAGACUUCACCGCAGCGUUCCUCCUCCUGCUCUCCCUUGUGCCUCUUUGCGUUCACAAUGGACGAUGAUGUCUUCACCGACAUCAGUGGGAAACCCAUAUCCCUGGACUGCCAGACCCACUCCAGCUUCUGCCGGGAGUUCACCGUCAGCUCCCCCAAAGUGUCCAUCGGGAAAGUGGUGGUGUACACCUGCUCCGUGUGGGUUAUAGCAUACAUCGUGUUCUUCUUCACAGAGAACACUGCUGUUCUGUCCAGUGCGAUACUCAUCACCCUGGUGGGUAUGAUGCUUCACAUCCACUUAGUGAAGGUGGACCACGAGUCUCUGCUCGUCAUCGGGUCCUUAGGGAUUCAGGUAACGUCAAACUACGCCUCUGGUCGCGAAACCACCACUUUCAUUGAGAAGAACAAAAUCAAGGAUAUCGUCAUCAAUGAAGCAAUUUACAUGCAUCAAAUCAUCUACUACCUUUGUGUACUGUUGAAGGACCCAUCAGAACCUAAUGCAGUGUCCAGCGUUGUGCCUCUGUUUCAGAGUUCAAAGCCUCGGCUGAACUGCCUGGUGAAGGUUUACAGAAGCUGUCAGGAAAUUCUUUCGAAAUGCUGAUGACACCCAAGGUGUACAAUAGGAGUGUUACUGGCUGCACAGCAUGCUUCUAAUGUUUCUUUACUCUAGUCAUUUUAUUUUCAGUGGACAAAAGCAGAAAAUGUAUGAGCAUUAUUUAGUUUCUAGGUUUAUAUUAAUUUAAUUUCAUGUACAGUGUAAUUUUUCUUUGUAUUGUCGUAAUCAUUUUAUAUUGUACUUAACUGUGUAGUUACUUGAAUAACUUAUGCAAACAUAGCACUAGUCUAACUAAACCUAAAGAGCCACACUUUUUAACCAGACUGUAUUAAAAGAAAUUCUAUUUAACAAUUUUCCUUUGUCACCCUAUUGUCAAACUGUAUAUUUUGAUAAUAAUAUAUUUGAUUAAUCCAA